GCGGACGGCGGAGCGCGGCGGUCGCCAGUGUCGGCACUCGGCGCCGUCAGUUGAGUUCUGAGCGCCACGGGGCUGCCGCGCUCACGCCGCGUAGAGCCCUCACUCGCGUACCUAACUUUGUGCACUGGAAACUUUUCAAAGCGUUUUCCGAAGGAUUCGACGGUCGCGCGUUAAUAACGUUGUCAUUUUCGAGUCGCGUUGUGGUGUACAACGUGCGAGCGAACACGGUUGCGCGUACACACGAGUCUGUCGGUCUAUUUUUGAAUAUUCUCUAAACGCUUCGCCGCGAAGUUUUCGAAACGCAGCUCGCCGGAGCCGGGUGAACGGCCGCAGCGUAUGCAGUACGACUGCAUCACGUCUCUUGUGUUUUUGUUGACGGAUUUUUGUUGUUAACCUCCACAGUUAUAACCGAGAAACGUUAUCUUUACUAUUGCACGGGGCCUCGCCCAUGUAGUGUUUCGCUCGGGCGGUGAUGGCUACGGAUGACCUUGAUUUAGUGUUGUUUUUGUGAUCGGUGCUAGUGAGUGGUUGGUGACAGUUCUCUUGUCGGCCAUUGCAAGUGUGGUUAGUGUUGCCAGUGGUACUAGUGAUGUGACAGUCUAUGGAAGCGUCAGGGUGCGCCCGGAAUGUUUACGAAGCACGGCAAGACCGCUGAGCGGUGCCAUCAUCCCCACCCCCAUAGGGGUUGUAAGAAGAAGAAGCAAGCCCCGCAUACGCCCUGGAAGUACUUGAUGAAUUGCCCACUCGUUAGAAAAUGUUUUGGUCUUCAGCUGCGGAGCAUAGAAGAGCCGGCAGGUGGCGCGGGCGGCGGCAUGCCCGCGCCCACCUGCUACGACGCCGAGUGCGCACGGACCGAGGCCUGGCUCGAUGAGAACCAGGAGUUUGUGCAUGACUACUUCUUGAGGAAAGCGACUCGGCAAGUGGUGGACGCGUGGCUGGUGUCUCACGCGACGCCGCCGAGCGCGGAGCUCGCGUCGCCCUCGCGCGCCGGCUCUGGUUCGGGGGCCACCACGCCCGUCAGGAAGAUCUCUGCGCACGAGUUCGAGCGCGGCGGUCUGCUGAAGCCGCUGGUGACGACGGUGGACGGGACGCCCACGUUCCUGGGGGACCAGCCGCCUCACGCCACACCUUCCAGGCCGCAGCGGCGAUCAAGGCACGAACUUAGACAGCUCGACGAGAAAGAGCUUAUAUUUGAACUAGUGAAGGACAUAUGUAACGAGCUCGAAGUGCGAGUUUUAUGCCACAAGAUACUGCAGAACGUGUCGAUAUUGCUCGACGCCGAUCGGGGCUCGCUCUUCUUGGUACAAGGAGAGAGAGCGUCGUCACCUCACCCACAGAAUGGCAGAUGUCUGGUGUCGAAGCUAUUCGACGUAUGUUCGAAAUCAACUCCUGAGCAGAUGGAGCAGCUCGAGGAGAUCAGGAUACCGUGGGGCAGCGGCAUCGUCGGCUACGUCGCCGAGAGCGGCGAGCCCGUCAACAUUCCUGACGCGUACAAGGACGAAAGGUUUAACCACGAUAUUGAUCAGCAGACGGGCUACAAGACGAGAUCGCUACUAUGUAUGCCGAUAAAGGACAUCAACGGGGAGGUUAUCGGUGUUGCACAGGUGAUAAACAAACAAAACGACGGACCAUUCACGGCGAACGACGAGAAAGUGUUCGCUUCGUACCUGCAGUUCUGCGGCAUAGGGUUGAGGAACGCGCAGCUGUACGAACGUUCGCAGCUGGAGGUUAAGAGGAACCAGGUGCUGCUCGACCUCGCCAGGAUGGUGUUUGAAGAGCAGAGCACGAUAGAGCACAUGGUGUUGCGGAUAUUGACGCACACGCAGAGCUUGAUACGAUGUCAGCGAGUACAGGUACUUUUAGUACACGAAGCGUCGAAGGGUAGUUUUUCGCGGGUGUUCGAUCUGGAGGCCGGCGACGACACAGAUCCCGACCCACCGAGGACGUCGCCUUACGAGAGUCGAUUCCCCAUCAACAUUGGUAUUACUGGAUACGUGGCUACUACGGGCGAGACCGUGAACAUAGCGGACGCCUAUUCAGACCCGCGUUUUGAUCCUUCAGUCGACGAGAGCACCGGAUUCAAGCACAACACAAUCCUCUGCAUGGCCAUUAAGAAUUCAGAGGGCAGGAUAAUCGGAGUUAUUCAGCUUAUCAACAAGUUCGACGACCUUUUGUUUACGAAGAACGAUGAGAAUUUCGUGGAGGCGUUCGCUAUUUUCUGCGGUAUGGGCAUUCAUAACACUCAUAUGUACGAGAAGGCGAUCACCGCGAUGGCCAAGCAGAGUGUAACACUUGACGUACUAAGUUACCACGCAUCAGCCUCAUUAGACGACGCUCAACGGUUACGGUCCUCUUUACAGUCGCUGAGGAUACCUUCGUCGGCGCACUUCAGCCUGCACGAGUUGGCGUUUGAUGACAUCGACAUGAGUGAUGACGACACGCUCAGGGCGUGUUUAAGGAUGUUCCUGGACUUGGAUUUCGUGGAGAGGUUUCACAUCGACUACGGCGUGUUGUGCCGAUGGUUGUUAAGUGUUAAGAAGAACUAUCGCAACGUCACGUAUCACAAUUGGAGGCAUGCGUUCAAUGUCGCGCAGAUGAUGUUUGCGAUACUAACGGAGACACAAUGGUGGAAGAUAUUUGGCGAACUCGAGUGUUUGGCUUUAAUCAUUGGCUGCCUGUGCCACGAUCUUGAUCAUCGAGGGACCAAUAACUCUUUUCAGAUCAAGGCGUCGUCACCGCUAGCCCAAUUGUACUCGACGUCGACGAUGGAGCACCACCACUUCGACCAGUGCCUCAUGAUCCUCAACUCGCCCGGCAAUCAGAUACUGCUGAACCUCUCAUCAGAUGACUACGAGAAGGUGGUCAAGGUGCUCGAAGACGCCAUACUGUCCACCGACCUGGCUGUUUAUUUCAGCAAACGAUCAGCAUUCAUCGAAGUGGUGAGCGCGGCGAGUGGUGUGAGCAUCGGCACGGGCGCGGGGCCGGGCGCCUUGUGUCCGAGCGGCGCGCCGGUCGCGGCGGGCGCGGGCGGUGCGGGCGGUGCGGGGGGCGCGGGGGGCGCGGCGAGCGCGGUGGUGACGUGGGGCGCAUGCGCGGCGCGGCGCGGCCUCCUGCGCGCGAUGCUGAUGACGGCGUGCGACCUCGCCGCCAUCACCAAGCCGUGGCCCGUGGAGCGACGCGUGGCCGCACUCGUCGCCGGCGAGUUCUUCAGACAAGGGGAUCUCGAGAGACAGAACCUCAAUCUAACUCCUAUUGAUAUAAUGAACAGAGACAAAGAAGAUCAACUUCCCGCUAUGCAAGUGAAGUUCAUCGACACCAUCUGUUUACCAAUUUACGAGGCUUUCGCAGUACUGUCGCCGGCUUUACAGCCGAUGUUGGACCGCGUGAAAAGCAACCGCGCGCACUGGAUCGAGCUCGCCAACAACGACAAGUACACCGGAGAGAAGAUCGAAUACGCGCUCGAGAACACCACAGAGAAGAACGACAAGUCGAGCACAAGCUCGCACGUCGACGACACGGAGAACACGUACGAGGGGGACAGCAGCGGCGCGGUCAGUCUCUCCUCGGAGACCAACUCGAAAUACGAAAAUCUCGAAAAUCCCGUCGUCGGACUCGUAUGCAACAACGCGCUGACCAUGCCGCGAGAACCGAACAAGUUUUGUCAUAUAAGCGAAUUAAAUUAAUUGUGUGAUUAGUGGCGACACCGGACCGAUGGUUGCGACGGUUUUAUAGUUUGCAUUCAAACUGAACCGACUCGUUGGUCGGUUGGUGAUUGUGUGACCGUUCGUGUAUUGUGCGUGGUAACUGAGAGUGAUAUUCGUUUAGUAAAUAGAUGGUUUAGCGCCUGUUUCACAAGGUUCUAGAAAAUUCUUUGAAUUAAGUUGUGUUUAAAUUGAAUUUAUUUCUUGUUAGAAACUGGAUUUAGAUUUGGUUUAGAUAUAACCUAAUUUUAAUGCUGCCAAUGUGUCUCUUAUUCGCAACCAAAUACUAAGGUGAUAACGUAUGUAACAAGAGACCAAUUAUAGUAGUGUGACAGCGAUGUCAAUGAGAGUGGAUAUGAGGGCGCUGUUGUCGGUCGAACGUCAGCCAAUAGUUGGAGUGACGUUAGACGUCAGUUGCUGUGUCCAUUAACGUCGACGUCACCCAAUACCAAAUGAUUCCGCGUCAAUUUCGUCUCGGACAUAGUGAAACAGGCUCGUAGUCGAAUUUGAAAUUUAUUUAACGCAAGGCGUAUAACGUUAAAGAUCAUGAACACCCGGGCACUAUUUUUGUACACUUCAUUUAAAAUAGCUUUACAUUAAGUACCUAAGUAAGAACAUUUACAAGUAGGUAAUGUAAUGUGUUUUAAUUUUACCUCAUUCGUCUAUUCUUAUAGCGAGUCGCAUGGACACUUGGAUAGUUGGGUAUCAUUACUGAUACGUAUCUUAAAUGUAGCCGAAAUAUAAUUUCUUAUAGAAAAAUAAUAUUUUCGGAUUAAAUACUCUAACCACACAUUAAAACAGGGCCUAACAAUUGUCACAUAGUUGUUAAAUAAUUAUGACCAAGAUACCAAAAAUAUGUUUCACGUAGUUUAUGUACUAAAAUUGUAUAGUUAUAUUUUUGGGUCAUGAAUAUUCAUCAUCAUUGUAAUGUUAGUGUUUGGCGUAACAUUGUUAUACAGUCAUUAGGUUAGGGUGUCCACUUUUUAAAAUAGGGCGAAAACGUUUAAAAUCACGUUAAAUAUUUUAUUACCUAAUACCAGAAUACAAAAUAAAUAUUUUAUAAAAAAAAAAAUAUAUAAGGAAAUGUAUAAAAAAUAUUGUACAUUUCGUGUGCCAAUUUUAAUAUAGUGACUACCUUAUCGUCUUUUUUGAGAUAAAGUUGUAAAUUGAUUAUUUUCAUCCUUUAUUGUAAAGGGAUAUGUGGACACUCUAUAGUUCUAGGACUAAAACUAAAUAUAAAUUGAAGUUCGCAUACAUAUAACUUUUGAGUAUAUCAUAUCGGUAAUUUGCAAAGAAUCGUACAUUUUAUUCGCACAACAUAUUUUGUAAAUAAUCGAUUUUAUAUAAUUACUAACAAGUUGUAAUUUUGGUAAGUACUUACGAUUUUAUUCGGGUUUUAUCGAAUCGCUAUUUAUCGUACGAUCAAUAAAUUUCCUUUCGUCCGCUUAGGAACUGUUGCCUCGCAUUAUUUUAAUAGAAUGACAGUUACGGCUACCGCCGAUUCAUUCCAGUCGUAUCCAUUCUUUACUUAUAAUUAUUAGUUUCAUCGUUUACACUUUUGUCAAAUAUUUUGACUCCAUAGUGUAUCUCCUCGAAGUCGUAAUGCAUUGUUAUACUAUUCUCAAAGGAAUUUUCAGUGGACACAUACAAAUACAUAAACGAUGUUUUAUAUAAUGAAUAUUGGAUUUUGAUUUAUUUUUAUAAAGCAAAAUAUGUUGCGAAGUUAGUGUCGAAGUUCCGCUGCUAUGUACUGCGUUAUAUAAUAGUUAUAAAUAUAUGCAUUUGAAUCAGUGAUGAAAUUACAAGUGUAAUUCUCUAUUUGAUAAAAAUUGUGACCAAAAAUACCUUGGUAUAAAUUGUUUUUCCAACUCUCUCUAAUAAAAGUUAGAUAUUUACAUGAUGAAAAAUCUCAAUUGUGGUAAUAAAAUGUGUACAACGUUAAUAUAAGAUUGCUGUAAGUAUUAUUAGAAAGUAAUUAGAAAAUUAAUAAUUGUAAUUCGCUAAAUGACGAGCUGUAUGGUGUGUGAAUAAUUAUGGAGGUUGUUUUGUUCCAAACAAAAAAUGUUAUUUAUUUAUGAUUAAACAAAUUUUCAAAUAG